AUGUUUUUUUUUUUUUUUUUUUUUUUGGCAGCAAGAGUCGGAGGAAAUCACAGUACUAAACUGUGGUUUAAUCGCGUUAUCGCUUGAACGGCGGUGCUUUGUCUAAAUUGAACAGGAUACCCAUAUGUUACGAGGUACUGGUGCGGCGGGAAGGACAGUCCAUGCUAGUUUUGUCAGUAAAUUGGAGCAAAGCUGUAGAGCACAGCUGCCGUUAGUUAGCCGUGUUAUGUUGUCCUGUUUAGAAGCAGAAUGACUUUUGCUAACUCUUAGAGCUGUAUUAGACACAAACCAAGCGCCUGGAUGGCUCUAGAUCGCUUCUGUGAGGGUAAAUGCAUAGCAGCUAUGGCUUGACUGUUUGCUUCCUCUUCACCCAAGUUGGUAACAUUAGCUGCUAGCAACACAGGCUUACUUGGUGCAAGUUCUUCUCAUGAUUACAACUCUUCUCGUGCGACAGAUUCUGCUCGAGACUGUCUCCAAAUUGACCGAUUGUCUUGUUCCCAAGCAGAGAAACAAGGUUGACCCAAUGUCAGUCUACAAAUACGAGUGUUUUUUUUUUAUUUUUUAUUAUUGUUGUUGUUGUUUUGUUUCGUUCAAACUCGGGUAGCAUACGGCUGUUGUUUAUGGUGAUGCUCAUAUAUAGCGACCACACUCCCAGCCGUUGUUUUAAAAUAAUUACUUAUGUCUAAGAUGAAAAGAUGUCACCUAAAUCGACGCACACAUAUUUGCGAUUUUUGCAUUAAGUGUCUGUGAUUAGAUCGUGACACUGUUCAAGUCUGCAAGGUCUUCAUCCUCGUCACGGUCCCUUUGUCAUUGACAAGGAGAGAGGACCUUUAACUUUUGCUGUAUUUUCACUGCUCGUAUGGACUGUAGGGGGCAGCAAACUCCCCCAAACAUUCCCAAUUCGUUGACUUCUUCAUUUAAGAGUUCAGUUCAGAUUAGUUUGUGUGUUCAUAUGCUGGAUGUUCAUGACUGUAAACAUCCCCGACUGGAAGCUGUGCUAAAUCUAAAACAAGCUUUCAGUUGGAUGUUUGCUGCCAUCGUCCAGUUCUUUCGUCUUGAUAUUUGUGCAUUUGAUUAAACAGUUCUGUGUCCUAAAUGUUCUGUAACAACUUAGUUAUAACUUAACAAUGAUGUGUACAUGUAAAGACGUUUGCAAGUGUGCCAUCUGGAUCUCUACUGUUUUCUGUGCUGAACUUGCUCAUAUUCCAGUGUAGUCGUUGUAAACAUCCUACACUCAGCUGUAAUCUGCAGGUGAGGCUGGGGGAGGGUGUUUGCUGUGACUGACUGGAGCUCCUCUGUCAUGUAGGAACACUUUACUUGAUUGAGGAAUAAAAACAGGAAUGCUGAAAGGAGAAAAAGACUGAAGCUCAGAGGCUGAUAAAGUCAAAUAUUUACUUUUAAUCUGCUUUUAUUCUCUGUUUUACCUCGUUGUCAAUAUCAUUUACCCAAAUAAAGCGAUUUUAAUUGAAUUAAUGUUUAUUGUUGUUAAUUAUUAUUGAUUUGACAGAUGCUCUUGUGCUGAGUUGCUAUACUGACACAUAAUAGCAUUCAGUGGCCUUUAUACGUUGGCUUAUAAGUGGCCUCUCUCACUUUGAUAAGGGUUUAAACAUUACGUUACCUUUAAAAUAAUAUAUUUGAUUGUUGCAUUACUGAAGAAGAACACAACGAGUUUAACCUUUAGGAUAAUCGGUCAAUUUGAAAUGAACUCCAGGCCGCAGGUGGCGCGCGGUUCUACACAGACGAAGACGAAGAUCCAUCCGCCAUAUUUGUUGUCGCAGAUUCGACAGAAACCUCUGCAGAAGUAAAUUAAGUAUAAUGGAUGUAUUUAAACUGCGCUCUGCCAAUACAAACAAGGGUUAAAUCUUUUUUUCGAGUCAUUUUUACGUAGUUCUGAUUUAAAAAUGAUGGAUACAGAGCAAGCAGACGGUUCGUCAGUCUUCAUGUGCAAAAUAUGCAACUUGUUCUCUCCCAGUAAACCAUUGCUGCUGUCUCAUGUUACUGAGACUCACUCAAAUGAAGGAGGGGAUCCUGACUCUUUUAUUAUAGCACUUAAGCCUUUAACAACUCAGGAGCCACAGAAUUCAGAAGUUGUUUUGAAAAGAAAGCGUGGAAGACCAAAAGGCUCUACUAAGAAAGUCCAACCAGAAAAGGUCCAGAAAAUAACACCCAAUCAGCAGGAGAAAGAGUCCACUGCGAUACAACCGCUAGCCGGAGAGCCUAGUGAGGAUGGCAGUGAUCUGGAGUGCAAGAAAUGCAAUCGUGUAUUCAGCAACAGGAGACAAAUCUCCAAACACAUUUGCUUUGUAGGACUGAAAGAGGCUGCUGAGGAAGAAGAGUAUGGUAAUAAUACUGAUGCAAAUAAAAUCAGUGAUGGAGAAGAGGAGAAAGAGAGGACACCAAAGAAAGCUCGAGCGAUGCGGACAGAUAAGCCGGCCAGUGCAAAGGACCCAGAAUCAGCAAGCGGCAACAAAAACCCUAUUAUUAGUGUGGUCCUUACUAAUCACGAGGCCAUGCCUGGUGCCUCUAAAAUAGUUCCUAUCGAAGCAGCUCCAGCUGAACCAUCCACCCAGACUGUUGCAGACGCAGGUUCCCAGGAGGGAGCGAUGAAAAGGGGAUACCAGGAAUAUGCCAUUCAGCAAGCUGCUUAUGAAGCACCCCUCAAAUCAAACAGGUUAGGACAGACACAGCUUAAAAUCUUCACAUGUGAAUACUGCAAUAAAGUCUUCAAGUUCAAACAUUCACUGCAGGCUCACUUAAGAAUCCACACCAAUGAGAAACCAUUCAAGUGCCCGCAGUGUGACUACGCCAGCGCUAUAAAGGCCAAUCUUAGUGUUCAUAUACGGAAACACACCGGCGAGAAAUUCAGCUGUGAGCUGUGCUCAUUUAAUUGCCUCAGUAAAGGACACCUCAAAGUGCACGUGGAGCGAGUGCACAAAAAGAUCAAGCAGCACUGCCGAUUCUGCAAGAAGAAAUACUCUGACGUGAAGAACCUUCUUAAACACAUCCGCGAGACUCACGACAUGAGCGACAAGAAAGUACAGGACUCCUACAAUGAGUACAGCCUCCAGACCAGGGAGGGCAAGAGACAGCUUCUGUACAACUGUCAAAUAUGCGACCGCAAGUUCAAGAACGAGCUUGAGCGUGACCGUCACAUGAUGGUUCAUGGCAACAAGAGACCCUUCGGCUGCGAGCUAUGCGAUCACGGCUCAACCAAAUUCCAAGCCUUGCAAGCCCACAUCCGAAAGCAUCCCUUCAUCUACGUGUGUGCCGUUUGCCAGGAAAAGUUUGUCAGCUCUGUGCGACUUAAGUCGCAUCUCAGAGAGUUCCACCCGGAAUCUGAUGAACCCUCUGCUUUUGCAGACUCCAUCAAUUCCAGCUUUUGCUUGCUUAAACCAGGCGACGACAUUCAGAAGGACAUGUUGAAUCAGGAUGAGCUUAAGAUCACAGAAGAGCUGUCGCAGCUCAACGCCCAGGAACUGUUAACCACAGAAAUGACUUGCUUGGGUCAAGAGGACCUUCAAACUCAAUGCUCCGAUAGUUUAGUGGUGGAGUCAGACCUUCUUGUACAGAACUCACAGGAUGGAAAUCCUGUUUCAGACAGUAUGAAUAAGAUAGACACGUCUGCCGUAGCACAAACACAAGAGGUGGUCUGUGAAGAUGAAAUCAAUUCCCAAAGGCUUCAAGAGUGCUGUAUGACAGAAGAUCAGAAUCCUGCUCAAGAAACUGCACCUUUGACGCCUGAAAAACCCCAAACGCACUCAGAGCAGCUAGUAUCAAAUGACACAUUUCCUCAAACCGAGAAAGAGGUGAUUGUGCCACAAACUAACACCGAUGAGGACUUACUCGUUUCAGAGCUAGAAGAAAUAUCUUCUUUCAAGCAGAUUGUAGAGCAGAUGCAAAAACGGCAGCUGAACAUGGAAGUUUUUGAACGGAUCCGGAAAGUGUAUGGAGACCUUGAAUGUGAAUACUGCGGGAAGCUUUUCUGGUAUCAGGUGCACUACAAUACGCAUGUGCGAACGCACACCAAAGAGCACCUCCAUUACUGUUCUCAGUGCAAUUAUUCCUCCAUCACUAAAAACUGCCUGAAGCGGCAUGUCAUCCAGAGACACUCAGACAUCCUGCUGAAGUGUCCCUCUGAAGGAUGCCAGUACUGUACUCCUGACAAAUACAAACUUCAGGCUCAUCUCAAAACCCAUUCGGACAUUAUCAAACGAAGUUUUAUAUGCCCAGUAUGUCAAGAGACGGUUCCCGAAGACAAAGUUAGAGCUCAUAUCAAAAGCAACCAUCCGGAUGUGUCGCUGAACUACAUCUCGGAAACGUUGGGACUACGUGUACAUGUGAAAGGAGUGAUCGGGAAACGAGCUUCCAAAUGCCCGUACUGUGAUUGCUUCUUCACAAGGAAUGGGGCAGAUCUUCAGCAGCACAUAUGGGCCCAUGAAGGACUGAAACCGUACAAAUGUUCACAAUGUGAUUAUGCCUCAAGGAGUAAAAGCAACCUCAAAGCUCACAUGAAUAGACACAGUACUGAGAAAACACAUCUUUGUGACCUCUGCGGAAAAAAGUUCAAGUCUAAAUGCACUCUGAAAAGUCAUAAGCUCAUGCACACAGCAGACGGAAAACAGUUCAGAUGUACAGAGUGUGACUUCACUGCUGCACUGAGACCUCAUCUCCUUCGUCACAUGGAGCAGCAUGCUUCUUUCAAACCUUUCCGUUGUGCACACUGCCACUACUCGUGCAACAUCUCAGGCUCUCUGAAAAGACACUAUAACAAAAAACAUCCCAACGCUCAGUAUAUCAAUGCUGGAACAGGAGUGUCCUCUUCCGAAACUGUGAUAGAGCAAGGUGGAGUCAAAUGUCCUGUGUGCAAUUACGUUUAUGGCACUAAAUGGGAAAUGAACAGACAUCUUAAGAGCAAACAUGGUCUCAAAGUUGUGGAGACCGACAGUCUUGGUCUGAAUCAAUGGGAGGUAGUGGAGUCAGUGGAGGAGCCGGCCAUGCAGUACCUUCACAUAGCUGAGACUGAGGGUCCACGAGGAACAGAGACCGCUGUAUCAGCUCUGCAGGACCUGCGCUUCAACACACAAAAUGGUGUUGUGUCUGCGGCAGCGGGAGACAGACUAGACCCGGCGUCUGUCAACAUCCUGCAGCAGAUCAUUGAUCUGGGCUCAGAGAAUCAUGAUGCUGCUGUGGCUUCUGUGGUUGCCAUGGCUCCCGGUACAGUUACUGUUCUGGAGCAGGUGGAGCAGGAGGAGCCGCAGGCCAAUCAUGCCAUGCUGAUCCAGGAUGCACUGCAGCAGGCCACAGUGGGCCUGGGAGAAGAGCACCACCUAGUGUUGUCUUCAGAUGAAAUGGAGGGCAUCAAAACUGUUACAGUGUAUACGCAGGAAGACGCAUCCCAGUUCAUAGUCUAUGUUCAGGAGUCUGUGCAAACUGAGGAGACCAGCACAGUAUAGACCGUAGUAAGACCAUACAUAUGGGGUUUAAAACUACUAGCUAUCUAGUUCAAAUGCUGUUCAAGUGUUCCGUUCUAGUUUUACUUCUGCUAUAGUUAAUCCAGUCAGGUCUUGAGUGGAUUAUUGCAGCCAUACAUAUGCUUAUAGGGCCUUAUCUUGCACAAUUGUAAAUAAUCUGAAACAGUGGCAGUGAAAAGCCAGCCUCGUGCUACAAAAAAAUUGUAAUACAAAAAGAUCAGUUAGUUUUAAGACCUAAUCACAGUAAAGCCAGCUGCACAUAACUAAGAAUCUAUUUUAGAAAUGUGAUUUUCUUUUUUUGUGUGCCUUCAUUGUACGUAUGUAACAGAGUUACUGUGUGACUCUGGACUUCUCCACACUUUUUAUAUAACGCUCCCAUACAGUGUAUGGCUGUCAUUAUAGUAAACUGAGUUAUUUAAUGGGUG